AUGUCAAAGAGGAAAAGCAGUCAUAGGGCAGAUGACACGCCCAACAAGAGGGUCCGACCCUCUGGACCCACGAGUCCGGAAAAUGAAGAGGACACGGUCUAUCCAAGUGUGCCCGGCUCUGAGUUCUACACAUCGCACAGUACCACAGGGGAAGUUGGUAUAGUGGAGAGCAUUUCCUUGAAGAACUUCAUGUGUCAUUCUCUGCUGGGACCCUUCAGUUUUGGCCCUAAUGUCAACUUUGUUGUUGGAAACAAUGGAAGUGGCAAGAGUGCUGUCCUGACUGCUCUCAUCGUAGCUCUUGGGGGCAAAGCUCUGGCCACCAACAGAGGCUCCUCACUGAAGGGCUUUGUGAAGGAGGGAGAGAGCUCUGCAGACGUAUCCAUAACUUUAAGGAACAGGGGGCAGGAUGCAUUCAAGCCCGAGGUCUAUGGUCAAGCCAUCACCAUAGAGCUUCGCAUCUCCAGCGAGGGGCUGAGGACAUACAAACUGAAAAGCAAGACGGGUCAGCUUGUGUCAACAAAGAAAGAAGAGCUGGUGUCCAUUCUAGAUCACUUUAACAUCCAGGUGGAUAACCCAGUGUCCAUACUCACCCAGGAGAUGAGUAAACAUUUCCUACACUCUAAAGGGGAAGGAGACAAGUACAAAUUCUUUAUGAAGGCGACGCAGUUGGAACAGAUGAAAGAAGAUUACACUUACAUCAUGAAGACCAAAACUGUCACUCAAAACACAGUAGAAAAGCAUGAGGAGAGCUUGCAUGAGUUGAAGCGGAAGUACCAGGAGAAGGAAGAACGCUAUAAGAGUUUGGCCUCUCUAGAUGAAAUGCAUCAGAAACUGGAUGAGCUGAAAAAGCAGAUGGCCUGGGCACUGGUGACUGAGAUGGAGCGGGAGAUAAAGCCAAAAAGAGAGAGAAUUGCUUAUGAGGACAAAUCCACCAGCAAAUACAAUGAGAAGAUUGAGGAGUGGAAGACAAAGGUGACAGAGGCUGAGAGGAAGUAUAAAGAGUUCCACGACCAGUUGGAAAGUGUUACUGAACGCGUGCAAAACCUUAAACCUCAGAGUGAUCAUCUCAAAGCCCAGGCACAGGAGAGAAGCAAAGCCCUCAAAACAGCUGAGGCUAGCUUUCAUCGGCUGAAAACUAAUCGGAGAGACCUGGAGAAGGACAAGGAGCAGCUCACCAAACGUAUCAGUGAGCUGAAGUACAGCAUCAGUCAGAUCAGUGCUGCAGACAGUCUGGCCCGGGCAAAGAGGGUGGAACAAGUUCAAACUGAGUUGGACUCCCUGAAGUUCCAGGAUUCUACAUUAGACCAACAGAGAGAGCAGUUUCAUCAAGCCUGCACCACUGCCAAAGACCAGCUGGCCCGGAUGAGACGUGAAGAGCAGGACAUGCAGCGCUCUGUGGAGGCAAAGCGGCGUGAGCUGGCUGCUCUGGAGGGGAGUCGUAGCAAUCGACUGCGGCGUUUUGGUGAGCAGAUGCCAGCGCUGCUGGCGGCAGUGGAGGAAGCUCACCAACGUGGCCAGUUCAGGAGGAAACCCAAAGGACCACUGGGUUUCUGUAUUACGCUGCGGGAUGCAGAGCUGGGCCUGGCUGUAGAGAGCUGUCUGAAGACUCUAAUGCUGGCUUUCUGCUGUGACAACCACAAAGACGAGAAAGUCCUACAAGCUCUUAUGGGCUGUUUCUAUCCCGAAGGAAGAAGACCUCAGAUAAUUGUUAGCGAGUUCAGCGACACGCUUUAUAAUAUAGGCGGCAGAGCUGUCAAUCAUCCUCGCUAUCCAACUGUACUUCAGGCCCUGGAGAUUGAAGACCCGGUGGUGGCAAACUGUUUGAUUGACAUGAGAGGCAUUGAGACCAUUCUUCUCAUUAAGAACAAAAGUGAAGCUCGGAAAGUUAUGCAGAAUGGACCGCCCCCUCGGAACUGCAGAGAGGCAUUUACCCGAGAGGGGGACCAGGUCUACACCAACCGCUAUUACUCUUCUGACAUGCAGAGGGCCCUCUACCUCAGCAAGGAUGUGGAUGAGGAAAUCAGACUCACUCAGGCAGCGCUCCAGGAUCAGCAGACUCAGCUGCAGACCUUUAGGCAGAACAUGCAGCAGCAGACGGAGGACCUGCGCAAGAAUGAGAUGUUGCUGAAGAGAGCACACGAGGACUGCAAGAAAGCCAAGGACAGCAUGUGCAAACUCAAGCUGGAAAUGAACGAGUUACAGAAUGUGGAGGAGCCGCAAUCAGAGGACCUACGGCUUCUGGAGGAGGAGUUGGAGGAAUUAGGCGGCAAGCUGGGUGUUUCUGGGAAGGAGUGUGACGCGGCGCGACGGCAGGUGGCAGAACUGGACAAGGCCUUUGAUGAAGCAGAGCUUCAGUACCGGCAGCACAAAGAUGCCAUGAGCAGAAUUGCCGAGGAGGCGGAGCCUAUAAAGGAAGAACUGAGUAAGAGUGAUCAGGAGGUAGAGAGGAGUAAGCAUCAUAGGAAACACUAUGAAGAGAAACGGAAAGUUCACAUUAACCAGUUAGAGAAUCUGAAGAAAAACCUGGAGACAGAGGAGCAGAAGCUGAAGGAAUCGAUAGCCAAAGCCUCAGAGUUAUGUCCGGAGCGCCUGGAUGUGAGGAGAACUGCCAAGAGUCUGGACAGCGAGAUCAGCCGUCUGAAACACAAGAUCAGCACACAGCAAGAUCAGCAGGGAGACAGAGACACCAUCAUCAGGCAGUACCAGGAGGCCAAGGAGAGCUACAACAACGUAGCACGACAGCUCAAGAGCCUGAAACGCUUCAUACAGCUACUGAGCAACAUCAUGGAUAAAAGACACAAGGUCUUCACAGAAUUGCGAAUGUAUCUCUCGGUACGCUGUAAAUAUUACUUUGACUCCAUGCUGUCACAGAGAGGAUAUAUGGGGAAGAUGAUCUUUGACCACAAGAACGAGACCCUUUCCAUCUCAGUGCAGCCUGGAGAAGGGGAUAAGGCCUCUCUGAGUGAUAUGCGUUCUCUUUCGGGAGGAGAGCGUUCCUUUUCUACAGUCUGUUUCAUCCUGUCUCUCUGGGCCAUCGCUGAAGCUCCUUUCCGCUGCCUGGAUGAGUUUGAUGUCUACAUGGACAUGGUAAACCGCAGGAUAUCCAUGGACAUGAUGCUGAAGAUCGCCUCUAGUCAGCGCUACAGACAGUUCAUCUUCCUCACACCACAGAGCAUGAGUUCUCUCCCAGUCAAUAAACUGAUUCGAAUACUGCGCCUGAAAGACCCAGACCGUGGUCAGACCGCUCUACCGUUUGGGCUGAGAAACCAAGAAGAACAGGAUUAAGGAAAGAUCACUCUUCACCCCAUCAGACCAGAUUAAACCAGAUUGUACUGAGCUGGACUGAAGAGGGUCACAUAUUAUUCUAGUCUGGACUAGAUUAAAACUGGACUGAAGAGGGUCACAUAUUAUUCUAGUCUGGACUAGAUUAAAACUGGACUAAAGAGGGUCACAUAUUAUUCUAGUCUGGACUAGAUUAAAACUGGACUGAAGAGGGUCGCAUAUUAUUCUAGUCCGGACUAGAGCAGAUUUCAGAGAAGACCCUUCAGCGCUGGUCCAGAAUCCGAUGAACAAAACCCUCUGAGAAAAAUUUACUCAUUACAGAU